GUUGAAUUCUCUCAAUGUUUACAUAUUGUAUUAACCAAUCAAAAAUUAGAACAAUAAUUAACUCCUUAUAAAACUAAGAUUAUGUAAAUAAUAUUAAUUUACAUUUUCAUUAUGAUUCAUUAAAUUAACAAAGAAAAAAAUUUUUUAUUUUUAAAAGAAAAAAUUAUCUUUUAAUAAAUUAUCUUUUAUUUUUAUCAAAAAGAAAAGUAAAAAGAAAAGAAAAUAAAACUUUGUCAGAGAAUCAAAAAAAAAAGAGAAAAUUUUUAGUUUUUAUUUUUUUUGUUGUCAUUUUAAUUUUUGUUUUUUUUUUUACAAAAUUUUAUUUAGAAUAAUCAAUCCAUCAUAAACUAAUAAUGCCAUGUAUACAAAAUAAUUCAAAUGAAUUUCUUAUUGAAGAAAUUAUUAUGUUAAAUUUUCGUGGUUAUAUUAUGCCAAUAUUUAUAUUAUUUGGUAUUAUUGGAUGUAGUUUUAUAAUAAAUAAUUUUUAUUUUAUGCAAAAAUUACAACCAUCAAGAUUUAAUAUUUAUAUUAUAUGGAUUACAAUAUUUCAAAUUGUGGAUUUAAUAACAAAUACAUUAUUAGAUGAUUUUCUUGGACGUGGUUUAACAUGGGCAAGUGAUUGUAAAAUAUUUAUUAAAUUAGAUAUUAUAUCAUCAUUUACAUGUAAAUUAAUGAAUUAUAUACCAUAUAUAUCUGUAUUUAUAUCUAAUAUAUUAUUAGUUCUAUUUAGUAUAGAUCGUUUAUUAACAACAUAUAAACCAAUUAAAUUUCGUGGUGAUCAUUAUUUAUUAUUAUCACGUAUAUUAAUUAUUAUUAUUAUAUGUAUAUGUAUGUUAUUAUAUUUACCACAAUUAAUUUAUUCUGAUUUAAUUAAAAAUGAUAAUACAUUAUUUAUUAUGAAUUAUACAUGUCAAUAUGUGAAUUCAUUAUAUUUUGGUGUACAAUAUAGUUUAUAUUUAUCAACAAUUGGUGGAUAUAUUAUACCAACAAUAUUAAUAGCUAUUAUAAAUAUUAUUAUUAUUUUACGUUUACAUUAUUUAAUUAAAAAUAGACAAUUAUUAAAUAGUAAACAUAAUUCUAUUAUACAUAGUAAAUUCUCUAUUGAUAAUACUACUAAUACUACUGCUAACAAUCAUAAUAACAAUACUAUUACUAAUAAUAAUAAUAACAAUACUACUACCAAUAAUAAUAAUAACAAUACUACUACCAAUAAUAAUAAUAAUAAUAACAAUACUAAUGGUAAUAAUAAUAGAAUUUUAAAUGAUCGAAAAUAUUCAUUAUCAAAUCAAUUUAUUAUAAAUUCACAUAAAUCAUUUACAAAUGAAUAUCAUAAUGAAAUGAAAAGAAUUAUUGGACAUUUAAUGGUAACAUCAAUUUUUUUAUUAUUUUCUAUACCAUUAAUUAUUAUUAUUAUAUUAAGACAAAAAUCAGAUUUAUAUAAUUAUAAACAAAUUUAUCCAAUUUAUGUUAAACGUUUAAUUCAUUUAUCAAGAUUAUUUAGUUCAUUUACAUCAAUUAUAUGUUCAUUUAAUUUUUUUAUAUUUUUUAUAUUUUUAUCAAAUUUUCGUUAUAUUUUUUAUUUAUCUAUUUAUUCUUUACCAUUAAUUAAAACAACAAAAUAUUCUAAAAAACAUAUUGAACAAAUUGAAAUGAAAUUAUCAAAUGGUUUAAGAACACGUUUUAGACGUUCAAUUGAAUUAAAAUUAUUACAAACAACAAGUUUACAACAAAAACAACAACAACAAAAAAAAAAAAAACAAACACACACCUACACACUAAAUCAAUAGUUAAUUAAUUUAAAGAUUAUAAUAGAAAAAAAUUCUUUU